GUGAGUCAGGUGACCAAGCAGUUGGAUGCAGUCACACGUUGGUAUCCCGUCUGCCUCCAGUGAGGAAUCACAGGAGUCGAGAUGACGUUCAUCGCCAAGACCUUCUACGACCUGAGAGCCACCACGCUGGAGGGAGACUCGGUGGAUUUCAACGUAUUUCGGGGACGGGUGGUCCUGAUAGAGAAUGUGGCCUCGCUCUGAGGCACCACCACCCGGGACUUCAGUGAGCUCAACCAGCUUCAGAGCAAGUACCCUCAUCGGCUGGUGGUCCUGGGUUUUCCCUGUAACCAGUUCGGCUAUCAGGAGAACUGCAGCAAUGGUGAGAUCUUGAAUUCCCUGCAGCAUGUACGUCCAGGCGGCGGCUUUCAGCCCAGCUUUACCGUCUUUGAGAAGUGUGUUGUCAACGGGACAAACACACAUCCAGUCUUUGCCUAUCUUAAAGACAAGCUCCCCUAUCCUGAUGAUGACCCCACCUCCCUCAUGCAGGACCCCAAAUUUCUGGUUUGGAGUCCCAUCAGCAGGACAGACAUCUCUUGGAACUUUGAGAAAUUCCUCAUCGGGCCAGAGGGAGAGCCCUUUAAAAGAUACAGCAAAAUGUUUCCCACCAUUGACAUAGAGCCUGACAUUCAAAGACUGUUAAGAUUAACCAAGACCUAAGAAUAGCCUCCACCUCUUAAUGACUUCUCAUACAUCACAGUCAAAGCUGAUAUGCUGUCCUCCACACUUUUAAGCCUUAUUAAAUGAGGGUGGUAUUCUUAAAAGCUAAGGGAAUAUUAUCUGAGGCCUUAUAAGUGCUUAAGAGUAGUGGAGGAAUAAAUUCAAUCUAUGUAAAAAAUUUAUUUUACAGUACAAAUGUGGGUAUACGUCAUAGAAAUGAUCACUUCUAAAGCCAGGUAUUUUCUUAUGCAUGUCCUUUUGUCUCUUGUCCUACGCUAGCCUGGCCAGCAGAUGGUGCUACAGAUUUGAUCAUACAAAAAGAUAACUUCUUGUGUUCAUGCUUUUAUGAAUUAACAUUCAUCACACACACACUCAGAAAAUAUUUGCACUGGAAUAAAACCCUAAAAACCAA